AUGGGAGGCCGGUUCUCUCGGGUGCAGUAUCGAGAGCAGGAUGCCGCUGUUUUGAGUCAUUUGGUGCUGCUCACUCAAGUCUGGGGGCUCGAUGAAAUUGCCUUCCUGUCGACAAAACUGCGACGGCUUUCGUUCAAUUUUUGCCUGACUUUCCAGCAGCUCGAAGAUCUCGUGGGUCUUCAUAAUAACUCGCUGUUCAAACCAAUGCUAGAUCGCUGGUUCGCCACGUUCCAAAAUACACACAGCAGCACUGUCGUAAACGGACUUGAGUUUCUCACAGCACUCGCACUCACUACUGCGGACGGGAAACUGGAAGAGAAAGCAGGUGCUGUCUUCGACAUCUUCGACUUUGACGCCUCCGGUGCCAUUACCCGCGAUGAAUUGGGAAUUCUGAUAAAAUCGGCGGUGCGUGGCCUCUCCAAAGCUACAAAAGGCCUUGGUCCACGACUCGCAACGCUGUGUCCAAUGAGUGAAGUGGCCGAGCUUACUCGUCAGUGUUUCGCGCAUUGCGAUCUGGAUGAUGAGCAAGAUCUACCACGAUCUCGCUAUAUUUUAUGGGUCAAGCAGACCCCAAAGAUCGUAAACUUAUUGCGUUGCUUCGUGCAGCGAGAGUAUCUGUCAGAAGAAGAAGCUGCUGUGAUGAUCCAGCGCUGUGGUCGUGGAAUGCUGGCACGACAUGAAGCAGCUGAGCGUCGUCUGGAGAUCCAACUCGAAGUGGAGCAAGAGUUAUCACAAGCAGCUCAGAAGAUCCAGGACGUGGUGGUCACGCGCAAGAAGAAGCGCGAGCGGCUACGACAGCAAAAAGUCGAGCGAUUCGCUCACCAUGGCGCAGUUUAUUCAUUUGGCGCCAACGCACGAGCACAAUUAGGGCACUCACACUUGGAUCUCUCGAAAGAGGUGGCUUCUCCAUUGCUAGCGGCAUUUUUUAAGAAUAACGAGCUGCGAAUCUCUCGCGUAGCUCUCAGUGAGACCCAUGCAAGUGCUGUAACAUCCGACGGUCAAGUUUUCACGUGGGGCGCAGGUGUGCCAGGUUCCUUUGGAUUUCUCUUGCCACCACAGUUGCAAGACGGUAGCAGCUUUAGUGGAGGAGGCGGCGUUAUUCGCAAACAACCUACUAGAGUGGACGAUCUGAACGAUGUUGUAAUUGCCGAUUCACGUCUUGGUAGCCAUCAUUCGGUUGCGUUAAGUGCUGGGGGCAUCGUGUACACAUGGGGAUCUGGUGGCUAUGGACAACUCGGACAUGGAGAUUUCGCUGUGUCGGGUGAGAGCUCGGAGCGUAGCGAUGCCAUUUUCCGAUCCCAAUUCGAUCCUCACACAGGCAGAGAAUAUUCAGUGAUCGAUUUGCCAUUGCAAUUGGACUCCAGUUACUUCGAGGAGAUGCGGGUGGCACAAGUGGCGUGUGGCUAUUACUUCACUGUGGUCGUGACGGAGGACGGAAGUGUGUUUAGCUGGGGCGAAGGAUCGGAUGGGCAAUUAGGUCUUGGCUACUCGGAUUCUUACCGCGUAGGGUUCUUAGAUCCCAACAUCAGCGGCAGUAAUUUCGUGUACAUGCCAUCUCCAACUCGAAUUGAUGCGCUCAAGGAGCCUAUCGAGAGUGUGGCGAUUGGUGGCAACCACGUUUUCGCUAUCGGACGCGCUCCAACCCGACACGUUUUUGAGUGGGGAGCCUGGAAACGGCGUGGUGCGAGUGACGCACGCGAAAGCGCCUUCACACCUCUUGAAAACGCCGCGCUCUCGGUCUUAAACGUGCAGCAGAUUGCAGCCGGAAGAGAGCACGCACUCGCUGUGACUUCGCGUGUCCAAGUGUCGCUAAAUGUCGACCAGUUCCCAUAUCGACCUAGGAGUCCUAAAGACGAGGAAAAGGAAACUGAGGGCGAGUCUCUACGUACGAUAGCACUGUGCGCGCGCUUCGGAUCUCAACCGACACAGCUCUCACGAGCCAUUUCAGGGUCAGUCUUCGCUGUGCCGCUUCCCACCGCGGAGUUCGGAGGCGCUUUGCAGGCGUCGUCUCCAGCAGCGACAGCACUUAGUGCUGCGGUGUACAAUCGCUCCGAUUCCCAGCUUCGAUCGAGCUUAAUGCGUUGCACGGGCAAGAUCGCACUGAUUGAUCGAGGGACAGCGACGGGCUUUUGGAUAUCGUUGCUCAUCGACUCAACGCGGCCUGCAGAGUUGCUGGAGAUUCCAUGUGUGCCAGCUGCUUUUGGCCCACCAUUGAACGCCAAAGGGGUGCGAGCACAGUUAUUCUACUCCCCCGAGCGGCUAUCAAGACUGCGUUUGUAUGUUCGGCCGGAUGAAAUCGUCGGGCGCAUUGCCGUGCUCGAGUUUGGCCAAGAAGACGUGACUUUUGAUGCGGAAACACUUGAUGCUAGUGAGCUCAUCGGACGUCUUAUGAAGUCUCUCGUUUCGCUCGUCAAGGACGCACAGAAUGCUGGAGCUGUGGGUGUGGUGAUCAUUUUUGACUUCCUUGAAGCUGAUGCCUUUGCGCUCGAGGCUGAUGAAGAGAACGGCGAUGCUGACAAUUUUAAGAUCCCUGCAGUCAUGAUACGCAAGAGUCAACAUGGGGUAUUGCUACUGGAACAGCUACGGACGCCAGGACCGAGACCCUGGUCGAUUUUGUCAAGUAAAGAGGACGUGCUGGGAAAGCAGAUACUGACGGCGCAGAAGGCUGGAGCCAAGGCCGUGGUGGUUGCUCAAACUCGUGUCGAUCCAGUCCCAGUGAGGCUGGGAAUGGAUGUGUUUGGUGCAGAUGAAGGCGAGAAAGCUCCCAGCACCUCAGGCGUGAAGAUUCCUGUGGUAUCAAUUCCGUACAAGGUUGGCGCUAAGAUGAAAGAGAAGUUGGAAGGUGUCGAGGUCGAUGACUCGCUGUGUCGAAUAGCUCUCGAUGGAUCGGGGACGCUUUAUGCGUGGGGAUUUGCUGAAAACGGUCGUCUGGGGCUGGGUGACAUUGAGAACGAGAAGCUCUUCCAAUCAGGAUACGACGGCGCUCGGAACAAGAGCUACCAGUUCGUACAGGACCCGGAGGUCGUAUCAGCGUUAAUGACCGAGGAGAUCACACACAUAUCUUGUGGCGAGGACCACUCUGCUGCUGUGAUGGCACAAUGUUUUGCUGGGGAAGCGGUCGAGACGGUAAACUCGGCACUGGGUCAUUAG